AUGCUCGCAUACACAGCUACAGUGCCUGCAUACGCAAGUUGUUGGCGGUCUUGGGCUGCAAGCAGUGUUCUGGACACCAACAUGAAGAUCGAGCAAGCGAUCGGCCUGCAAUAUGCGCAAUAUGCCGGCCCUGUGCUGGCUGGGUUGCUGUGUUUCACGGCCCAAGGCUGGGUGACCGACCGCAUUGAGGAUGCCACACUGCAUCUACGCCCCAAGGAAGAGCAGCAGCGCCUGCAUGCGGUGCGUGCAUGGAGACACCAGCUGGAUAAGGAGGAGCACAGGGAGUGGGUCGCAACUGGCCUGCUGGGCCCUUCUCUCCGUCAGCUGGCCCCAGAGUACUAUAGCGCUCAACUCGAGCAGCAGAUUGCAGCCGCCGCACCAGCCGGCCCCACGGUACACAAGUACGAGGUGGCAUGGCUCCUGCACCAGCUGGCCGACGGCCCUGAUUUUGUUUCGGUGCCUGCCCGACUUUCUUUCACACGACACGGAGAUGUCCUGGGCGUGCCCGCCCAGCUGGCGCAGGAGCUGGGGCUGGCGGCGGGCGCCAUCAUCAGUUACAGCAUUGCGGGGCGCGAGUUUGCUUCCACCGUGGCCAUCCUGGCGCUGCCAGGCCAGGCCCAGCUGGAAGCCCAGGUCCAGGCUGAGGCGGUGGGCAUGAUGCUGAGCGCCAAACAGCAGGAGCUGGCUGUGGCACAGCUGAGCAAGGACUACAUCCGCUGCGUGUGGGUCCCGCUGCCCACUCUGCAGUUGCUGAUUGCACAGGGUGUUGCUGUCAGCCUUCAUUAGACAACUUAGUUUAGAGCAGAAGCAGAAGAAUCUCUCACUAACGCCAGUGUGUGCUAGUUGUUUGCAUCACGGUUGCAUCAGUGUUGCCCCCACAGUCGGCAUAGCAAGCUCUUGUUUACGAGCGCUGUAACGUAUCGCCAUGUG